AUGGGCAAGCGCCACUGCACGCGAGAUCUAUUCUCCAAGAGGCACAGGAAGCAUGGCGUGCCCAAGCUGUCGACCUACCUGCGGACGUACAGGCUCGGCGAGCACGUCAUGAUCAAAGUCGAUCCGUCCAUUCAAAAGGGCAUGCCGCACAAGUUCUACCAUGGAAAGACGGGGCUUGUGUGGAACAUCACGAAGCGGGCUGUCGGCGUGGAGGUCAACAAGCAGGUUGGCAACAGAAUAAUCAAGAAACGCAUCCACGUCAGGAUCGAGCAUGUCAGGCACUCCAAGUGCCGGCAGGACUUCCUCAACAGGGUGAAGGAGAACGAGCGUCUGAAGAAGGAGGCCAAGGCGAAGGGCGAACCCAUCCCCCAUCUGAAGAGGCAGAUUGCUGGGCCAAGGGAGGGGUUCACAGUCUCAGGUGGUGACGUUGUGUUGGAAACGGUGGCACCAAUUCCAUACGAUAUUGUCAAGGAGGGUGUCAUCAACUGA